AGCCGUUUAUUACACUCCAUUAGUGCAUGUUGUAAAGUUGCGCGGUGGAUGCGUGGAUGUUUGAUUCUGUUGGUUCGUGAACUUCGUGAUUCAUUCGGUUGGGUUCGGUUAGCUGUUGGACUUGCAAGUUGAUGAAGUGCAUCUGAAGUAUCAGCAUGGAUCACGGUCAUGGCGGUAGUUGCUCGCACCACACAACCGUGCCGUCUGUUCAUCAAACACUGGACGAAUUGGAUUUUUACAAGGGCCUCUUAGGAGCAGCUGCUGAUGGCGACUACAAGAAAACAGAAAGCCUUCUACAGAAAGGAAAUGACCCAAACAAGCAGGAUUCCUACGGCUACACUCCACUUCACUACUCAUGCAGGCAAGGUCAAGCCAGGGUGACUGAACUGCUGCUGAGACAUGGUGCCCAAACAGACUUGCAAACCAAGGGAGGUGCCACAGCUUUGCACCGUGCUUCCCACCAAGGACACUUGGAGUGUGUCAAGCUCCUUUUAGAUAAAGGUGCAGACUGCACUAUCGUUGACAGCGAUGGCAAGACCGCACUCCACAAGGCGGCAGAGAACGGUCACGAAGAAGUGUGCAGGGUCCUCGUCAUGAAAUCGGCUGGUUUAUUGACCAUGCAAGACGGGCACGGAAGGACAGCUCUGGACUGUGCAUCGUCGAAGCACCCACAGCUUUCUGAAGUGCUCAGGUAGCGUCGACGGUCAUUAGAGUUUCGAAUAUGUACACCAAUGCACAGCUGUAAAUAUGUAAAUAUACAUAUAAUUUGUCAUUGUAUUCUGGUCUCUUACUGUCAGGAACUGUAAUCUAUACUGCAUAGAAAACUAAGAAAAGUCUUAGGCUUGCAGGCAAGCUCAUAAUAUGGUCAGAAAUAAGACAGCCACACCGUUGGCAUUUAAUGCAACGUCCCAAAUAAUUUACUAUUUUAGCUUGCCAGAAAGAAAGGAGUAAAAUGCCUCCCAAUAUGCACUUUUGGGUGACACUUCCCUAUUCUUUGUAGCAAGUUGAAUUGCUAGGAUAGUAUAACAGUACUAGCAAGCAGAAUCAACUUGAUCAGUGCACUAGCCUCGUAAAGAUCUAGAGACUUGUAUGUUACCUGAUGUCCUGUCUGGGUC